CCGCCCUUCUCAAAGUCCGGGACGGGGCAAAGGACCGCUCCCUCACCUCUCCGGGGGAGCUGCCACUUUGCUCCCGAGCAGCCGGCGGGGGGAUGAUGAAGGCGUCUCGGGCCGGGCGAGGGUCUCGGCUCCGCGUGCGAGUCGGAGUCGGAAGGGAGAAAGGGCGCUGUGCGGUGCAGAGGAGCCGGCGGAGAGGCUGCGGUCCAGCGGCGCUCCUGGCAGCCAUGCUCCUGAUGAAUUCCUGCAUUCAGCUGGCCGAUGCGGUCAACACAGUUAUUCCAAUAACCAUGUCUCCACCGAAACCAACUGAAGGAUUUAAUAUCUUCCUGAUACCCGGGUUGGAUUGUAAGAAUUUUACAAGUUGUGGCUGGUAUCGGGGGUCAGUGUUGGCCUCAGAGAAUCUAAGACUAAUUAUCUCUAGCCAAUCUAAGUUUUACAAUAAGGGAGAUGCCUACACUGGUGGACUUCAUUCGGUUCCAACCAACCAACCCGAAGAUGUGCUAGUGGAUACGGAUAAUAGAUGCCGGAACGACAAGAAUUCUGCUCCAGAUGAGGCUUCGUCUGAACCUCCGUUUUCAGUCUGUGACAACACUUUCCCACCUCUGGGGUUGAAAAUGCAAAACUCAUCCCCCUGCACCCAUCAGUCCAUCAUGUGGUCCAGUCACCUGGUCAUCCCAGCUGGAGACAUUCCUCCAACCACUCCUAUCCCAGGCACAGGAUGGCACGGCAUUGACUCAGAAGAAGAACGUCCUUAUGUCUAA